GUAUUACCAGGUGCUGAACUUCGGCAUGAUCGUCUCGUCCGCCCUCAUGGUCUGGAAGGGGCUGAUGGUGGUGACGGGCAGCGAGAGCCCCAUCGUGGUGGUGCUGAGUGGAAGCAUGGAGCCUGCAUUUCACAGAGGAGAUCUCCUGUUCCUCACGAACCGAAUUGAAGAUCCAAUCAGAGUGGGAGAAAUCGUCGUCUUUAGGAUAGAAGGAAGGGAGAUUCCUAUAGUCCAUCGCGUCCUGAAAGUUCAUGAGAAGCAAAACGGUGACAUCAAAUUUUUGACAAAGGGAGACAAUAACGCCAUUGACGACAGAGGGCUGUACAAACGAGGGCAGCACUGGUUGGAGAAAAAGGACGUAGUAGGACGAGCAAGAGGAUUUGUGCCCUAUAUUGGAAUAGUGACUAUCUUAAUGAACGACUACCCAAAAUUUAAGUAUGCAGUCCUCUUUUUACUGGGUUUAUUUGUGCUGAUCCAUCGAGAGUAGCCUCUUGCCCUGCAGCGCGAGGUGAAGGUGCCAUGGAUUUUUGUAGGUGAACGUUUUAAGUAGAUGAUGGUCCGAUGUACCGGGAAGAAGAAGAAAACAUGCAUUUCAAAGCUUCUUGCCAGUUUGGGUUUGUUUUGUUUUUUACUGCCUAAGGGCAAACGUUUGUCACAGUAUUUCCAAUAGUUUGUCACACUUUAGCAUUUUUAGUGAGUUUUUAUAUUAAAAAUUUAAGGCAAACUGUUCGGUGUUUGUACUUUGAAGCUGCGCUUCCUCUCAGAGUGCCUACAGGAUUGGGUCCUCUAAGUCUGUGUCUCUGCUGGGCAAGCGUGACCUCUCCCUGUGCUGCCCCAGCUGUCAGACGGUGAGGUGUGGAGGUGAUGUUUUUUCCAGUUCAGAACUGGAAUAAAGAUUUUGCACCUCACC